AAUGUUUAAGCUAUACACCCCCCAAAGCCAUGUCCAAGAAUCCAUAUGCGAACAAUAGCCAAUUGUCAUCCCUCGAGCAAGAAGUCUUGUGGGAGUAUGUCAAAUUGAGUGAUAAAAUCAAACGGAUCUCCAAUCUGGCAAAGGAGACAGCCGAGACACCCAAUGAGUCGCUUUUGACGGAGCUGCGGGAUCUGGAAAAAAAGAUGGGUUUAGUAUUGACACUGUUCAAAGCCUCGGUCUGGACAGUCGUCAACGAUCGAGAGGCAGAGCUGGCUGCCAAAGUAGCUCAAGAGCAAGCUGGUCGAUAUCAGCCUCAAGAUUACGAAGAGGAGGACAGUCUGGAGCAGGAAUGGAGAUGAUAACCGCGACACCGGGGAAAUAUGUACGAAAGCUGGUUUGGCGCCGCUCUGUUGUAU